UUUGGUCCCUUCCGAAAGCUGUGCUGUGUGUCAUAAGCAAACCGACAGUACCUACACACAGCACAGCUUUCGGGAUUCUCUACGGUGGGAUAUGGGAGGCGUGUUUGGCAGAGGUACGAGGCAACGAGAGUACAGGACAAACGACAGCACCAUCGUUCUCUAUCAAUCUUAUUCUGCCCCACGUGAUUUCACACCAAAUCCGUGAAACACUCACAAAAAGACCUUUCUCCGAUUCACCUUGUUCCACCAUAAACGCCACAGUUCAGGGUUUGUGAAUACAUACAACAAACAUAAAGCAAUUGACGCCUACUUUUGGGGAUUUUAUCGUUGUUUUUGGUUGCUAGACUGGUGGUUUACUGGGUAUAUAGUAUCCGUCAAAUUAUUGAUCAAAAUAGAAGUGGCUGCAGUUCGUUCCUUUGUAUCCAUUAUCUUCUGCGCGCCAGUUCUUUUUAGCUUUUUACAGUCUAUUUUCACUCUAGCUGGUAAUUGUGGAUAAUUUUCUUUGAGAGUUCCAGUUGAAGAGUACAAUCAUGGAUGCUCGACCUAGGUGCAAUAACAGCGAAUAUCGCGAGCGAUAAGAACGUUGGUUUUCCUCGUGCUGAAGUACAGGUGAAGAGAAAAUACUGGGAUCCCUUCGAAAUUUAGAACUUUAUCCUGGAGAAUCGUAUUCGAUCGUCUAAUAUGGGGGGUAGCAUCAAGACCGUUGUUUGGUUUAGGAGGGACCUCAGAAUAGAGGACAAUCCUGCCUUGGCUGCAGCUGCCAAGGAUGGUUCUAUUUUUCCUGUCUAUAUAUGGUGCCCUAAAGAGGAAGGACAGUUUUAUCCAGGUCGAGUUUCAAGGUGGUGGCUGAAGCAGUCUCUAGUCCACUUAAAACAGUCCCUGAAGUCCCUUGGGGCGGAGCUUAUGCUGAUAAAAACAGACAGUAUUCUUGCCAGUCUCUUGGAGUGCAUUGAAGCUGUCGGAGCAACAAAAGUAGUAUUCAGCCAUCUUUAUGAUCCUGUGUCACUUGUUCGAGAUAACAACAUCAAAGAAAAACUGGUGGAGCUAGGCAUUUCUGUGCAAAGCUAUAAUGGAGACUUGUUGUAUGAGCCUUGGGAAGUGCACGAUGAAAAUGGACAAGCUUUUACAACCUUUGAGGCAUACUGGAACAAGUGCUUGCACUUCCAAAUGCAACCCGUUUUACUUCUUCCUCCAUGGAAAUUAGUACCAGCUUCAGGAACUGUUACAAAAUUUUCAAUAGGGGAAUUGGGUCUUGAAGAGGAAUCAGAAAAAUCUAGCAAUGCCUUGCUAGGAAGAGUAUGGUUUCCGGGAUGGAGUAAUGCUGAAAAGGCUCUAACUGAAUUUGUUGAGCUUCAUCUGCUCGACUAUUCUAAGAAUAGGCUAAAGGUUGGGGGAAACUCAACAUCGCUUUUAUCUCCAUAUCUUCAUUAUGGAGAACUAAGCGUACGGAAAGUUUUCCAAUAUGUGCGGAGGAAACAUGUGUUGUGGACAAAAGAAGGGAACUCUUUGGGGGAAGAUAGUGUGGCUCUUUUCCUCAAGGCCAUCGGACUUAGAGAAUACUCCCGUUAUCUUUGUUUUAACUUUCCCUUCACUCAUGAGAGAUCAAUACUGAGCAACUUAAAAUUUUUCCCUUGGCAUGCUGACCAAACCUAUUUUAAGGCUUGGAGACAGGGUAGGACUGGCUACCCAUUAGUUGAUGCAGGAAUGAGAGAACUUUGGGCAACUGGGUGGAUACACAAUCGAGUAAGAGUGAUUGUUUCAAGUUUUGCAGUGAAAGUUCUACUUCUUCCAUGGAAAUGGGGGAUGAAGUAUUUCUGGGACACACUUUUGGAUGCAGACUUAGAAAGUGAUAUCCUUGGUUGGCAGUAUGUCUCAGGUAGCUUGCCAGAUGGCCAUGAACUUAAGCGACUAGACAGUCCAGAGGUUCAAGGCUCAAAAUUUGAUCCAGAGGGUGAAUAUGUGAGACAGUGGCUGCCCGAGCUAGCACGGAUACCAACUGAGUGGAUUCAUCAUCCUUGGGAUGCACCCUUUCCUGUACUGAAAGCCUCAGGAGUCGAGAUGGGAUUGAACUACCCAAAACCAAUAAUUGAGUUAGAUUUAGCUAGAGAACGUUUGACUGAAGCUAUAUUCAAGAUGUGGGAAAUAGAAGCAGCUGCUACGGCCUCCAACAUUAAUUGCACAAAUGAAGUUGUCGUUGAUAAUUCUGAGGGUACUGAAAAUUUGGCCAUCUCAGCAACUGCCUUGAAGACAAAUGCUCCACGUGCUACCGUUUCAUCCAACGACCAGAAGGUGCCAAAAAUUGAGAAUUCCGAGAAUCAUCCACUAAACAGGAAGAGAUCACAGCAUAUGGUAGAGGAAAAGCCACAAGGAGAUAAUUUACUUAAGCUUAAAAAUGGAGCUGAGACCUCAAGAAGAGAUGAGGAUAUAUGCUCUACAGCUGAAUCUUCACCGGUUAAGAAGCAGACCACAAGCAUAGACUCGUUUUGUGUUCCUCAGUUGUGUUUUUCGUCAGAAUGCAAGUCUUUACCAGAGCACGAAUCUUCUGUCUUGGAGCAGCCGUUGCGAGAACAGAUUGACAUGGAACAGAGUUCAAGAAAAGAUAGCAACUAACAUAUUUUGCACCACGACGUUUAGAAGGGACGCAGCCCUUUAACCAAAAUCAAGUUGCUAAUUUGAUUUCAAGAAAUACUUGAGCAGGAAAGUGAGGAAUGAAAAUAAUGGUGUGAAUGCUGUAGAAUGAUCGAUGGAUAUGUUUUUAUGAUAAUUUCAAUUUUCCUCUUGCA